CGCCUCCCCUCCAGCCCCGGCAGUGCGAGGCCAGAGCCGCGGGGCGCGGUGCGCAGGUCCCGGGCGGGAGCCCCAUCCCCCGGGAGGGAGUGGCCUCGGCACAGCCCCCAGUCUCCCGCGCCCGACUCCCGGCGAGCGCCCCCUCCUCCGCCCCUGCCCCGGCCUCUCCACGGCGCGUAAAGUCGCCCGGCCCACCUCAGACCCGGCGGAGGCGGCAACUUUCCCUGCCGGCCGCGCGGGGCCGGGGCAGCGGCGGGCGCGCGGGGCAGCGGCGGGCUGCACGGCGCCCACCAUGGGCGACGAGAGCCGCGGGGACGGCCGCGCCGAGAGCGCCCGGGACCUGGAGAAGCAGCUCCGCCUGCGCGUGUGCGUGCUCAGCGAGCUGCAGAAGACCGAGCGCGACUACGUGGGCACGCUGGAGUUCCUGGUGUCGGCAUUCUUACACCGGAUGAACCAGUGCGCUGCGUCGAAACUUGACAAAAAUGUAACAGAAGAAACGGUGAAGAUGCUGUUCUCAAACAUUGAAGAUAUCCUUGCAGUACAUAAAGAAUUCUUAAAAGUCGUGGAGGAAUGUUUACAUCCAGAACCUAAUGCUCAGCAAGAAGUGGGAACCUGCUUUCUUCACUUCAAAGACAAGUUUCGUAUCUACGACGAAUAUUGUAGUAAUCACGAGAAGGCACAGAAAUUGCUUUUUGAACUUAACAAAAUAAGAACAAUCCGGACAUUUCUUUUGAACUGCAUGCUACUUGGAGGACGGAAGAACACAGAUGUCCCCCUGGAAGGAUACUUAGUAACACCAAUACAAAGAAUAUGCAAGUACCCUCUCCUUUUGAAGGAGUUGCUGAAGCGAACUCCAAGGAAACACAGUGACUAUGCAGCAGUGAUGGAAGCCCUCCAAGCCAUGAAAGCCGUCUGUUCCAACAUCAACGAGGCCAAGAGACAGAUGGAGAAGCUGGAAGUUUUAGAGGAGUGGCAGUCUCACAUUGAAGGCUGGGAGGGGUCCAACAUUACCGACACCUGUACUGAAAUGCUAAUGUGUGGAGUCUUAUUAAAAAUUUCUUCUGGAAAUAUUCAAGAACGGGUGUUUUUUCUUUUCGAUAACCUUUUGGUGUAUUGCAAACGAAAACACAGACGGUUGAAGAAUAGCAAAGCAUCUACCGAUGGACAUCGGUACGUUUUUCGUGGCCGGAUCAAUACAGAGGUGAUGGAGGUGGAGAAUGUGGAUGAUGGCACAGCUGACUUCCACAGCAGUGGACACAUUGUUGUUAAUGGGUGGAAAAUACAUAACACAGCCAAAAAUAAAUGGUUUGUGUGUAUGGCAAAAACACCUGAAGAGAAACAUGAAUGGUUUGAAGCUAUUUUGAAAGAAAGAGAACGGCGGAAAGGUUUAAAAUUAGGAAUGGAGCAAGACACCUGGGUAAUGAUCUCUGAACAGGGUGAGAAACUUUAUAAAAUGAUGUGCAAACAAGGAAAUCUGAUCAAAGACAGAAAAAGAAAACUGACUACGUUCCCUAAAUGCUUUCUUGGAAGUGAAUUUGUGUCAUGGCUGUUGGAAAUUGGAGAGAUUCACAGGCCUGAGGAAGGUGUUCACUUGGGACAAGCAUUGUUAGAAAAUGGAAUCAUCCAUCAUGUUACGGAUAAACAUCAAUUCAAACCAGAACAGAUGUUAUAUCGAUUUCGCUAUGAUGAUGGAACCUUUUAUCCAAGAAAUGAGAUGCAGGAUGUGAUUUCAAAGGGCGUACGAUUAUAUUGCCGUCUUCAUAGUCUAUUUACUCCAGUGAUAAGAGAUAAAGAUUACCACUUAAGAACCUACAAAUCUGUGGUUAUGGCCAACAAGCUGAUAGACUGGUUAAUUGCACAGGGGGAUUGCCGCACCAGAGAAGAGGCAAUGAUAUUUGGCGUUGGACUCUGUGACAAUGGAUUUAUGCACCAUGUCCUUGAAAAAAGUGAAUUCAAAGACGAACCCUUACUUUUCCGCUUUUUUGCUGAUGAGGAAAUGGAAGGAUCAAAUAUGAAACAUCGACUGAUGAAACAUGACUUAAAAGUUGUAGAAAAUGUUAUAGCCAAAUCAUUAUUGAUUAAAUCCAAUGAAGGCAGCUAUGGUUUUGGGUUAGAAGACAAAAAUAAAGUUCCAAUAAUAAAGCUGGUAGAAAAGGGGUCUAAUGCUGAGAUGGCUGGCAUGGAAGUUGGGAAAAAGAUUUUUGCUAUUAAUGGUGACCUGGUUUUUAUGAGACCUUUCAAUGAAGUGGAUUGCUUCCUGAAAUCAUGCUUACAUAGCAGAAAACCUCUAAGAGUUCUUGUGAGCACAAAGCCAAGAGAGACAGUGAAAAUCCCAGAUUCAGCGGAGGGACUUGGCUUCCAGAUCCGAGGAUACGGCCCUUCGGUGGUGCAUGCGGUGGGAAGAGGAACCGUGGCUGCAGCCGCUGGUCUUCACCCUGGACAGUGUAUCAUCAAAGUAAAUGGAAUCAAUGUCAGCAAAGAGACACACGCCAGUGUUAUUGCCCAUGUCACGGCCUGCAGGAAGUACAGGAGACCAACGAAGCAAGAUUCCAUUCAGUGGGUUUAUAACAGCAUUGAGAGCGCUCAGGAAGACCUUCAGAAGUCUAACUCCAAACCCCCAGGAGAUGAAGCAGGGGAUGCUUUUGACUGUAAAGUAGAAGAGGUAAUUGACAAGUUCAACACCAUGGCCAUCAUCGACGGGAAGAAGGAGCACGUGAGUCUGACGGUGGAUAACGUCCACCUAGAGUAUGGCGUCGUGUACGAGUAUGACAGCACCGCCGGGAUCAAGUGCAACGUGGUGGAGAAGAUGAUCGAACCCAAAGGUUUCUUCAGCCUCACUGCCAAGAUUCUUGAAGCCCUGGCUAAAAGCGAUGAUCAUUUUGUACAGAACUGCACCAGCCUUAACUCUUUGAGCGAGGUGAUUCCUACUGACCUUCAGAGUAAAUUCAGUGCUGUUUGCAAUGAAAAAAUUGAGCGCAUAUGUCAGAGAAUAUCCAGUUAUAAGAAGUUUUCUCGUGUACUAAAGAAUAGAGCCUGGCCCACCUUUAAACAGGCCAAAUCUAAGAUCUCCCCACUGCACAGCAGUGAUUUCUGCCCCACCAACUGCCAUGUCAAUGUGAUGGAAGUUUCUUAUCCCAAAACAUCAGCGUACCUGGGGAGUGCAUUUGGUGUUCAGUUGGAUAGCAGGAAGCAUAAUUCUCAUGAUAAAGAAAAUAAAUCGGAACAAGGAAAACUAAGCCCUAUGGUGUACAUUCAACAUACGAUUACAACUAUGGCGGCCCCUUCAGGUCUGUCUCUGGGGCAGCAAGAUGGGCACGGUCUCCGGUAUUUGUUGAAAGAAGACGACUUAGAAACCCAAGAUAUCUAUCAGAAACUGCUGGGCAAACUUCAGACUGCACUGAAGGAGGUGGAGAUGUGUGUUUGUCAAACAGAUGACCUUCUGUCUUCAAUAACAUACUCUCCUAAAUUAGAACGUAAGGCAUCAGAGUCCAUAGUCCCAACAGACAGUGACAACGAGAAGGGAGAGAGAAACAGCAAACGCGUCUGUUUUAACGUGGCAGGCGAUGAGCAGGAAGAUUCAGGUCAUGACACCAUCAGCAACAGAGACUCUUACAGCGACUGCAACAGCAAUAGGAAUUCCGUCACCUCCUUCACCAGCAUCUGCAGCAGCCAGUGCAGCUCGUAUUUUCACAGCGAUGAGAUGGACUCAGGUGAUGAGCUUCCCCUGAAUGUUCGCAUUUCUCGUGAUAAACAGGACAAGAUCCACAGUUGCCUUGAGCAUCUUUUCAGCCAGGUGGAUUCCAUUACCAAUCUCCUGAAAGGCCAAGCUGUUGUGAGGGCCUUUGAGCAAACCAAGUACCUGACACCAGGUCGAGGGUUACAAGAGUUUCAGCAGGAAAUGGAACCAAAGCUGAGUUGUCCAAAAAGGUUAAGGCUUCACAUCAAGCAAGAUCCUUGGAACCUUCCCAGCAGUGUCCGGAAUCUUGCUCAGAACAUCAGAAAAUUUGUUGAAGAGGUAAAGUGUAGGAUACUCCUGGCUCUUCUUGAAUAUUCAGACAGUGAGACACAGCUCCGAAGAGACAUGGUCUUCUGCCAGAGUCUUGUGGCCACAGUCUGUGCCUUCUCCGAGCAGCUCAUGGCCGCCUUAAACCAGAUGUUUGACAACAGCAAGGAAAAUGAGAUGGAGACUUGGGAAGCCAGCAGAAGGUGGCUGGACCAGAUAGCGAAUGCAGGAGUUCUUUUUCACUUUCAGUCACUUCUGUCACCAAACUUGACAGAUGAACAAGCCAUGCUAGAAGAUACACUGGUUGCACUAUUUGAUUUGGAAAAGGUUUCUUUUUACUUUAAACCAUCAGAAGAGGAACCACUGGUUGCAAAUGUUCCUCUUACUUAUCAAGCUGAAGGAAGCCGGCAAGCUCUGAAAGUUUACUUCUACAUCGAUAGUUACCAUUUUGAACAACUGCCGCAAAGGUUGAAAAACGGAGGAGGGUUUAAAAUUCAUCCUGUUCUUUUUGCACAAGCACUGGAGAGCAUGGAAGGAUAUUAUUAUAGAGACAAUGUUUUGGUGGAAGAAUUUCAAGCCCAAAUAAAUGCAGCCUCCCUGGAAAAGGUCAAACAGUACAAUCAGAAGCUCAGGGCAUUCUACUUGGACAAGUCAAAUUCACCACCAAACUCCACAUCCAAAGCUGCUUAUGUAGAUAAGCUCAUGAGGCCUCUCAACGUUUUGGAUGAACUGUAUCGACUGGUAGCCUCGUUUAUCAGAUCCAAGCGCACAGCUGCCUGUGCGAACACGGCUUGCAGCGCCUCCGGUGUCGGGCUGCUGUCGGUGUCCUCGGAGCUGUGCAGUAGGCUGGGGGCCUGCCACGUCAUCAUGUGCAACAGCGGCGUGCAUCGGUGCACCCUGAGCGUGACCCUGGAGCAGGCCAUCAUUCUGGCCAGAAGCCACGGACUGCCUCCUUGCUACAUCAUGCAGGCUACAGAUGUGAUGCGGAAGCAGGGAGCAAGGGUUCAGAACACAGCAAAGAAUUUGGGAGUCAGGGACCGGACCCCACAGUCUGCUCCGAGGCUGUACAAGCUGUGCGAGCCUCCUCCCCCAGCUGGAGAAGAAUGAGGAGACUCUCCAAGGGACCAGGCAAGCAGAAGCUUCUGAACACUGGACUAGACAAAGGAUGUGCUGGCUAAACGUUCUCCACUCAACAUAAAAAAAUGGAUUUUCUUCUCUUGGUCUUUCAUCAUGGUGUAAAUAACUAAUGUUCAGCUUACACUUAGAUAUUUGUGCUGGAAAUGGAUGGAAGUCCAUUCAGACAACUCAGCUUCACAAACCGAUCUUUCAUGUGUGUUAACGUGAACGAUCCAUCCCUGGAGAUUACAUAAAAAAAUAUCAGAGAUAAAACGUUAACCAUUGUGCCUCCUUUCCCAUUUAGUAAAAUUAUUGUGUUUUCUUUCCUCUUCUCCAAAUGGAGCACGUUAUGUUGGAUAUUUCCGUUUGAAGAAGUCUGUUAUUGAAGAAAUGUGGUCACGCUUUCCAGAUCAUCACACAGAAAUGUGACGGACAAUAGAGACUGGGUGUCUUAGGUUUUCUGUCUCCCACUUGCAUCUGAGAAAGUAGCUUGCGGGUGAAAGGUGAAGAGCAUCCUUUACUCUUUCUAAGGGAGUGUUUCUCAGUAGAGGAGAAGAGAGCUCAUUGAGGUCUCCAGCAAGACCUUCUUCCAGCUGCUUUCAGGGACCCUUUAUGCUCGUGGACAGUUCCAGGGAACCAUGCUGUCCUUGGCCUCUGAAGUGGGCGUGGCUUCCUUGGGCGAUGCGUCCUGAUGCUGUGCCGUAGGUGUCCAGGAGAUGGGGAGAGGCAGGGAUGGGGGAGGGUUGGAAGGAAGACUAGGGUGAAGGAGGGAAAAAUAAGCUUAUUUAAAAAGUCAACCUUUAAAUUUGAAAGAUACCUAAAGCUCUUAUUUUAUUAAAGGCUUUCAUAUGAGAUGUCAGACUCCUAAAAGAAUACACCAUGCUGAAUGUUUUUCUAUCAAGGUAAUAUAUAUAUAAGAUGAGAAAAUAAAGCUUUAUUUGUUGAACUUUAAAAGGACUGUUAGAGACCUUGAUAAUUUAUGAAAGUACAAGGUGUAUUCUAUUUUCAUGCUAAAGUUUACAUAAUGUUUAUCCUUUCUACAUUGAUAAAAUAACAUUUUUUUUAGCAUAAUGAAUAUAGUAAUAUUGAUUUUAAAUCUGUAAUUUUCAAAACAAUUAUGCCCUUACUGUGAUUGUGAUACUUAGGUGGAUUUAGAUUAAUUGCUUAUGUGAAAUGCUUUUCAUAACUAAAGUAUAUACAAACCAUUAUGAAAUUUUAAUUUAUGAAAUUUGAUAAUAGUUUUCAAACACUUAUUAAAAAAACUUUCAUCACUAGCAGUUGUGUAUUGAAUCACAGAAAUACUGUGUUGCCUAUACAUGAGGCCUUUAUAUACUGGUCAAAUUAAUAAUAAAUGUUAUUCAGCACAGAAGCACUUAAGACUUUUAUGCUAAGUACACAUCUAUAAUGAAAAAUAAACCAACAUCAGAGAUUUCAGAGAAAAAGUUGAACACUUUGAAUUUAAUGAAGAUAUGACCUUAAUAUAAAUAUCUACAUGAAACAUAUUCUUCACUUUCAGGAGUUUAACAUUCUUGAUACUAUUGCAAGUGACCCUGAAGGUCCAUGAAAUUAGUAAAUUGUGAUUUUCCUGUACUGAAAUUUUGAUGACAUUUAACACAGGGCUAAUGAGUGAGUAAAACUGAUUACCUAGCAAGUACUUUUCAUGUUGUCAUUACUGUUUUCUAAUCACUACCCUAGAAGUAGUGUUCCUUAGUAGAGGCAUGAAGAGAUCACUUAAACAUUUCAGUCGUACUUUGCUGUUUCAUCGGGGAAAACCAUCUGCUAUUGUAGUAUUUACAAAUUAGCAUAUUUUAAGAUCAAAUCUCUAUGUAAUAGGGUUACUUAAUAUUGUUUUAAGGGUUAAACAUGGUGUAAGUGUACAAUCUUAUCAGAGUGCUUGGCACUUAUUAAAAUCUCAGAAGUUAGUGAUGACUUAUAUUACCAUCAGUCACUGUGAUUUUUGAUUGUAAUAAAAACUGUAGCUAAAACCUAAGUAAUUUCUACCUGCCAAGCAAUACCUCCAGGUGCUUCACCCAUACUUUGUUGUUAUUGCUUCAUUAAUCCUAAUGGUGAUCUGAGGUGAUAUUCUUUGCAUCACCCCCAUUUUACCGUUGAGGAAGUAAAGCAAAGAAUAGUCCAGUGACUUGCCCAAGAUCACAUGGCUGACAAGUGGUAGAAGCAGGAUUUGAACCCAGGAAGUCUGUCUUCUUAAUACAUUGUGCUGCUUUUCCUUAUUCAUAUAGGAAAUGUAAUAUUGCCAAUUAUUUGUUAGUAAAGUUGGAGUUAUGUGUGGUGUGGGCCAUUAAACUAUACAUCUUAUACUGAGAAAAAAGUGAAUUGAAAUGUGUAAAAUGCCUUUAAUAUAUGAAAACCAUAGGAUUCCCUGGACAUUUUACCAUUCUGGAUACACAUUAUGAGGUAACCCAAUGCUGUUGCAAUCUGAAAAAACAUGAUAUAUCCCUCAUAAUUGAAGAUAACAGUUUUAGAUAUGCUUUGAAAGUCUGGAAUAGUACAUUAUAUAAAAUUUGACUAUGAUUCCAAAACAGUGAUAACAGUAAAAAAUGUCAAAUGAGUGAAUUAAUAAAGACAACUCUUCAGCACCAUGAUGUACCUCUGUGUGACGUCGGACAUUUAACUGCCCUUGAGUUUUUAGAUGAGAGCGGGUAUGUUCAGGGUGGUAUGACCAUAGACUGGCCUUGAGUUUUUAGAUGAGAUCGGGUAUGUUCAGGGUGGUAUGACCAUAGACUGGCCUUGAGUUUUUAGAAUGGGUUUACCUCAAUGCUCACAUACUCCUCUGCAAGCAGUGUACCUUUAAACAUUACAAAAGCCUGCUAACAGUUAUUCCAAGUUCUGAUGACUUUGAAGUUCUGAGUUUGGACAUCUGCCUCUCUCCACCUAAAAGGGAAGGUCACACCUAGAAAUUUUGGUUCUUAAUAUGGGACUGAUUCAUAAAUACUUGUUAACUAGUCAUUCAUGGUCAAUAAAUCUUAAACAUUCCAUCAUAUCUUAUAAAGUUUUCUCAUUAAGUAUUACAAAAUUUAAUAUAUUAUUGAAAGUGUGAGUAAUUUGAAGAGACUAGAAUUUUACAUCUACUUUCAUUACAUUUAACAAGAAAGAAAGAAAGAGGGAAGAAAGGAAGGAAGGAAGGAGGGAAAGAGAAAGAAAAAGAAAGGAAGGAAGAGAGAAAGAAACAUGGAGGAAGGAAGGAAGGGAGGAACUUUUGUACUAGUUUUACUUAUAUUGGAUAUGUAAUUUUGAAUUUAGAGUAUAAGCUUUGUUUUAUGAACUAAUAUCCCCAUUUUGGAAGUCUCACACUAUUUUCUGUCUUUUCAAAUCAUAUUCUACCAGUGGCUUAGAUUCACUGUGUGUUCAGUGGCCACUGUUAUUGCAGCAACAAUGUUCAAUUUAAAAGUAGGUUAAUUUCUCAUGAUACUAUAAUACAUAUGACAUUAUAUUGAUAUUGGUUCUGACUCUACUAAUUUAAAUUUUGUGAUAGUUAAAUUCAGAAUGAAAUGAUACUGACCUUGGCACUAACUGUAAAAGCCAAGAAAAUGAAUGGGUAAAAAAAUCCCUAGGGGAUAUUAACUCACUUAAGAAACCAAACUACUUUCAACCCUUUGGACACAUUUUAACAGCAAAACUAAUGUUUAUUGACUUGGAAGCAUUCAGUUGAGUUAGUUACUCUAUGUAUUUGAAAAUAAUAAAUUUGCAAUUAGAACACCAAAGUAUUCUUUCGUUAGUUCACGUAGAUCUUUUCCUGUGUAGCAUGAUUUAGUGCAGAAUAGAGGGCAUACUUUUAUUCAUCUAUAUUUUCAGUAAAACAUAAGAUUGAAAUUUAAAAUGAUCUUAAUUUAAGUCAUCUUUUACAUUUUACUUUAAAGGUCAUUUUUAGAUUUUCUUCACUAGCUGUAUUUAGUAAUAAUGAAACUAACCUUUAUCAUGUGACUAAAUUGCUUCUGAAUUUUCAAAAACUAUGUUUCAUUUUUAAGUGAAUUAUCGUACAAAAUUAUACCUCAAUUACUUUCCCAAAGUGAGUAGUAGUUAUUUCAUUAACAUGUAUAUAUAUUAACAUUAACCAGUUUGCCAAAUGAAUUGUCAGUUGCCCUGCAUAAACAUGAAAGCAAAAGCUUUGGAAACGAUUUAGAAUGAUCUGAACCUCGAUUAAGAAAAAUAUUCUGAACUUUAUCAACUUUUUUGAAGGGUUAGGGAUGAGCCUCAGAAAAGUUUCACCCUUGAUGAAGCAGAUGAGGUGGGGUAAAGUUCCAGCAGGCAUCUGAGCCAGGAGUGGGCUUAGGCUGGUUCCUUUUACAUACAGUGGCCAUAACCUUUGUAGGUGCUGUGAUUCCAUAAUAGUUAUCAUGGUUAGUCUUUUGUUUUCAAAAUUUUUACUACGUAAAAGCUUUGCUUUUAACAGUGAUCUCAGCGUUCAUAUUGCCAAGCUGUGCUAUGCAGACACAUGGCCUACUUCACUCAGGAUAGCUUGCUUCUCUCACUGAGAAGAGAUGUCUGAAGUCUACUAGGUGUACUAAGAGAUAUAUAUAUAUACACACACACACAUAUAUUUAUAAUGUUUUGUUUUUACGGUAAUACAUUAUAAAACUUACUUAGAUUCUUCUGUCUUAUUUUGUAUGAACUAUAUAGUUGUUCAAUAUGUUGAAUGUCUGUCUAAAUAUGCCGUAAGCAUACCUGGUAGGCCAUCUUUUGAUCACUGGCACUAGUUUACUGCUCCAUCUGGAGUCUAUUGACCUGGCUUUGCCGUCAGAAGAAGUAGCCAAUUAUGAACAAAAUUGUUGAAUUCUUACAUGAUAGUUCUAGUUUGAAUAGCUAAUUUGGGGUGCAAACAACAGAAUAAAUGUUAUCCACUCAUGUGUUCAUUCAACAAACGUGUUUGAGAAUUCACUUUGUAAAAGGCACAGCCAGUGGGCCUCAUUUAUGUGUUGCGUGUAUUUGGUUCAAAAAUCUUAACAGUAUCUCCGCUGUGUUAAUCUCCUCUGUGUCUUUUACUUGGAAUGAUAUUAUUUGUAACACAAACCUAUUCUAAUACCAUGUAUGUAUAUAUACUGUGUGAAGUCAAGAAUGCUAAGUAAGUAAAAUGCCCUAGAAAAAGUACAUUUGAAUUUGAGUAUCUAAUGCCUCAAGCAAAUUUACUAGAGUUUCAGAUGAAUAUAUAUUUUUGUAACUGCCAAGUAAAUGAGUAGAACAUAGCUUUUUGUUUAAAAAAUAUUUUUAUAAGUAUUCAUUUACCCAGUAUUCAUUAUUUUCAACAUUAAAAUAUCAAAUUUGUUCUAUAAAUAGUGAUUCUUUUGAAUAUAUUCAUAUUUAACAUUGUAUAACACCCAAACUGUAAUGACAAUUUCAUCCAAAUAUAUUAUUAUAGUAGUCUGUUUUUCCUUUGUAAAAUAUACAUGUAACAUAGUUUCAAUCACUCAGUAUUUUGUGUGUGUUAAAAUGAUCAAGUGUAUUGUGUAUUUUAUAUCAUUUAUUUUUGUCGGCAUAAAAAGACUAGAACAGUGACAUUGUAUCAUACAUGUCAAAAAUAAUAAAGAGAAAUCUAGUAUGACCAUCUCAGUUUCUAUCCAUUUAAA